UCAAACCCAGUAUUCAAACCCAGUAUUCAAACCCAGUAUUCAAACCCAGAAUUCAACCCAGUAUUCAACCCAGUAUUCAACCCAGUAUUCAAACCCAGUAUUCAACCCAGUAUUCAAACCCAGUAUUCAACCCAGUAUUCAAACCCAGUAUUCAAACCCAGUAUUCAAACCCAGUAUUCAAACCCAGUAUUCAAACCCAGAAUUCAACCCAGUAUUCAACCCAGUAUUCAACCCAGUAUUCAAACCUUUUAG